AUUUUUUUUUUUCAAAAAAAAGGACAAAUGUUAAACCACAUAAAAUGGCUUUGUUGUAUGUACAAAAUGGAUUCACAUUCACUCACCACGUUCUUCCUCUCCUACUCCUCGCUCUCCCCCACCGUCAGAUCUGUUGAGCGGCGGUGGUGGAGAGAUUGCAGUGGAGUUGGCUGCGGUGGGUGUUGGAUGCAAAGAUUGAUAAUUUGGUUUUGGGUUAUCUGUAUUCUAUCUUUCCUUCCAUUUUUCACCCUGAUAAAAGGAUCGUGAUUUGAUCCGAUUGGAUCGAGGAACAUAAAUAGGCUACUUAUUGUUUGAGAUUGCAAAGGAAAGAUGCAGCAGCAAGAUAAAGGGAGGAAGACCCCGAAAGAUGUUGAGUUUUUCACCGAGUAUGGAGAGGCCAACAGGUACAAAAUCUUGGAAAUUAUUGGAAAGGGUAGCUAUGGAGUUGUUUGUGCUGCCAUUGACACGCAAACUGGGGAGAAAGUGGCAAUAAAGAAAAUAACAGAUAUUUUUGAGCAUAUCUCUGAUGCUAUUCGAAUUUUGCGAGAGAUUAAAUUGCUUCGUCUUCUGAGACAUCCUGAUAUUGUUGAAAUUAAGCGGAUUAUGAUGCCACCCUCUAGGCGUGACUUCCGAGACAUUUAUGUUGUUUUCGAGCUUAUGGAGUCCGACCUUCAUCAAGUCAUAAAAGCUAAUGACGACUUGACACAGGAUCAUCAUCGUUUUUUUCUCUAUCAAAUGUUACGUGCGCUGAAAUAUAUGCACACAGCUAAUGUCUAUCAUCGAGACCUUAAGCCUAAGAAUAUAUUGGCCAAUGCAAACUGCAAGCUUAAGAUAUGUGAUUUUGGACUAGCAAGAGUGGCAUUUAGUGACACCCCAACUACAAUUUUUUGGACGGAUUAUGUUGCCACAAGAUGGUACAGGGCUCCCGAGUUGUGUGGAUCAUUCUUUUCCAAGGGAGGAUUAUUGAAACUCUCCUGGAAGUUGUUGAUACUUCUGUUCUACAGAGGUAAUUUGUGUCAGUAUACCCCUGCAAUUGACAUUUGGAGCAUAGGAUGUAUAUUUGCGGAGGUCUUGACAGGGAAGCCGUUAUUUCCGGGUAAAAGCGUUGUGCAUCAACUGGACUUGAUUACUGAUCUUCUCGGUACACCAUCAACAGACACAAUAUCAGGAGUGAGAAAUGAGAAGGCGAGGAAGUAUUUAAUGGACAUGAGGAAAAAGCGUGCAGUGCCUUUUGCCGAAAAAAUCCCAAAUGCUGAUCCUUCAGCUCUCAAACUAUUACAAAGAUUGUUGGCAUUUGACCCAAAGGAUCGUCCAAGUGCUGAAGAGGCAUUAGCCGACCCUUACUUCAAGGGGCUGUCUAAGAUUGAGAGGGAGCCCUCUUGUCAACCAAUCUCAAAGUUGGAAUUUGAGUUUGAGCGGCGUAGAGUGACAAAAGAAGAUAUUAGGGAAUUGAUAUUCCGGGAAAUAUUGGAGUACCAUCCUCAGUUGUUGAAGGACUACAUGGCAAGAAAUAGUGGCACAAGUUUUCUGUAUCCGAGUGCUAUUGGACACUUUAAGAAGCAAUUUGCGUACCUGGAGGAAAAUUCUGGGAAAAGUGGGCCUGUGAUUCCUCCUGAGAGAAAGCAUGUUUCUCUUCCAAGGUCUACGAUUAACUCUAGUACUAUUCCACCUAAAGCACAACUGUAUGUCUCUGCAUAUGAUAACCGAAAAGCGACAGCAGAAGCACCACCAACGGUAUUAGGAGUUCCGGAUUCUGUUUCUGGUAGUAUGCCGAAGGUUUCACGGCCUCCACCACGCAUGCCUAACGCCAAACCAGGAAGGGUAGUGGGACCGGUUCUACCUUACGAGAAUGUCCGUCACGUGAACGACUCGUCUUAUGAUGGAGGCGUUUACCUUCUCCCUUCACAAUCCAUUUCUCCUCAAUGUUACUUCAGGACCAGCACAGGAACGAAUCAAAAUAAUUCAAGGAUGAGUUCAUCUCAAGCCCAACAACAGCCACCACCACCUAACCAGCAGCAAUACAUAGCCCCACAAGCUAAAUCAAUAAACAGUACAUAUAUCGACAUGAAAGCACAGCCCAAACUAAACCCGCCAGUGAUGGGUGGUAGUGACAGGAACAGUAACCCUUAUUAUCAGCCACAUUCCAAAGCAGUUGCUGGUGGGGGUAUUAAUAUUAUGAAUAUGAAUGGUCAAAUCGCGAUUGAUACUAAACUGUUGCAGGCCCAAACACAGUUUGUUGUGGCUGGGCCUGCAGCAGCUACGCAUCGGGAAGUUGCAGCUGUGCAGAUUGGACUGACUUAGUCUAGUUUGGGUAAAGUUUUUAUAUAUAUAGCAAUUUGGAUGGACGUGUGAAUAUCUAACGAAUUUCACGCUAUGUGAAGUUUUUAUGUUUGGUGCCUUUUGUGAGUGUGAGCUGGCUGUAUUUACUUCGUGCCGAUUUGUAGUUCUUUAGUGUUGUGUUGUAUUGUUCAUUGUUUCCAUCAUUGAACUAUGUAUUAUUGUUGUAACAAAAGAGAGAUUAUUUGCCUGCAAUGUUUUUCUUCUUUAAAA